GCCACAUCCUCCUGUUAGCCUGGUCCCAGGGCACCCAGGCCUGCUUGUGGGCCAGCUGCAAGGAACCAGCCAGGCCUCCAUCCGCGACACCACGGUGGCAGCGGCCCCAGGGAGCUCGGCCCCAGAUCUGCUGAGGCCUUCGGAGACCACCGCCAAGAAAGCGCGCGCAGCAUCUCCAGACCCUGCCUGGCGCGGCCUUGUGCAGGGGUCACGAGCCAGCCAGCAGACACCCGCCUCUGCUUCCUGCGGCCUGAGCCCCUGGGAAUUCCCACGAGGCUUCUCCUGGGGGUUGUCACCGGGGACUGCACACCGGGCAGCCCAGCGGGCAGCGCCUGGGGCACCCUUGACGGAGGUGGACACACUGGGCCUGGGAGGCCCGUCUCUCGCACGUGGCCUUCAGGAAGGGAUCGUGGCAUCCUGGAUCACUUCGUGGACCCCCAAGGUGGCGCGGGUGGGCACCAGCGGGCAUACUGCUGCCUCCGAGAACUGGGCAAGAUGCUGUUCGGCGUGAAGGACAUCGCGCUGCUGGAGCACGGGUGCCAGGCCCUAGAGGUGGACAGUUACAGGUCCCUGAUGAUCCUGGGGAUCCCGGAGGACUGCAGCCACGAGGAAUUCGAAGAGACCAUCAGGGUCCCCCUGAAGCCUCUGGGCAAGUUCGAAGUAGCCGGGAAGGCCUUUCUGGAAGAGGACAGGACCAAGGCGGCCAUCGUUAGGCUGAUGGAGGACAUCAACUACUCCGCGAUCCCCAGGGAGAUCCAGGGCAAGGGCGGCAUGUGGAGAGUGGUCUACAUGCCCCGGAAGCAGGACAUUGAGUUCCUGACCAAGCUGAACCUCUUUUUGCAGAGCGAGGGCAGGACGGUGGAGGACGUGGCCCGGGUCCUGAGGCAGGAGCUCUGCCCGACCGGGACGCGCCCCAGAGAGCUGCCCGCCAGACAGUGCUGUGCGCCCAGGCCAGGGGAGACGCCCCGGGCUGGGGCCGCUGCCGGGCUGGACGGGGCACCGCCGCCUCUGGGCCCCGCGGACAAGGACAGGAAGGCUGGGGACGGCAAGAGGGGCAAGCGGAAGCCGAAGAAAAACCGCCGACGGCACCACGCGUCUGACAAGAAGCUGUGAGGAUGUAGUUUGGAUGCACCUCUGGCAUGGACUUGCCUGGAGUGGGCCGCCCUGGUUUGCAUGUGACGAGCAGAAACCUGCCUGCUCGCCUCGUCUUCGGACCUCACUGCUCCGUGUGUGACUGAGCGGCUGUCCCUGAUCUCUGCACGCUGGGUCUCCCUUGCAGGGCUGGUCAGCGGGGGAGGGGGCGAGGUGGUGCUUCUGCUCUGGCUGGCGCGUGAGAGGAGGGCAGGGUGCUCCGCAAUUUAAACCCCAGAAGCUCUCACUUGGGGGGAGGGGCACACUCCACUCUCUAAAGGACGAAAGAGACUUCCCGGGAAUGGUCCACAGGGAGGUAAAUAAUUAGGAGGUCACAUUCAGGAGUUAUCCAUUAACAAUAUUAAGCCUGAGCCUCCAAGGUCCCUGUGAUGAUAAAGAACAAAAAAGAAAAGAAAAGAAAAAAACCUCAUUCACAUUAAAUCCAAACGCUGUGGGUAGACAGGGCCCUUGUUCCAGUGUCUGACCUGAGAAUUUGCAAACUUUCAUCAGUUCAGGGAUCUGCAAAGGUUUGAACUGAUUUUCUUUUCAAAAACGUAACUUCAGAUUUUUACCUAUCAAAUUGUGACACUGAGCCCUGGUUGGUGUGGCUCAGUGGACUGAGUGCUGGACUGCAAACCAAACUGUAACACUGGAGACCCCCAGUGUAUUCCUGUGGAUGGGUAAUCACACCUGUGAAUUCCAGUAACUACCCCCUGUCUUAUUUCUGAGAGGUGACCCCAUUUCCCCCCCCACCCUCACCCCCAGCAGAACCCAUAGGUGGAUGUCUCAUUCUACACCCCACCUGGGCAGCCUGGGAGCGGGUAAGGGACCACCCUCAGGCAGUCGGGAGUGCUUUUACAGCCUUGGAUUCCCAGCAGGGGGUCAAAACACAGAAGGAAUUUUU